UAAUGGUGGGUGGGAUGCAGGAGAGGUAGGGGAAAAAUUGUAGGAUGAGGAGGGCUCAGAUUCAGGAAAGGGACCCCAGUCCAUGGACUGUGCAGUCCCUCUCCAUCUCCUGUCUGUCUGCAGGUCUGCAUGUCUGUUCCCAACACUCUGCAAGACUAGAAAAGGAGGAGGAACCUGGCCAGAAUCCCUGCAGGACAGGAAAAGGAGGGGACAUCUCAACCUGGAAAAACUGCAAUGUAAAUGAAGGAAAGUUGGAAAGUGAGGGAAAGCCAGAAGAUGAAGUAGAGCCUGAAAAUGAAGGAAAAUCAGAUGAGAAAGAAAAGCCGGAAGUGGAGGGGAAGUCAGAACAGGAGUGAGAGCUCCAGAAUGACGGACAGCCAGAUGAUGAGAGACAAACCGCAGAUGAAGGACAACCAGCAAAUGAGGGGAAGAAAGAAAAGCAAGGCAAGUUCAAAGCUGAGGGAAACCCACUCAAGAAGGGCAAGCCAGAGUCCCAGGCAAAGUCAGAGAGCCAGUCACGUGCUGCCGAAAAGUGCCCUCCUGAAGAUUAUGUGCCCCAGAAGGCAAAAAGAAAAACGGACAGGACGAUGGAGGAUUCCCCCAAGGACUAUCAGGACAACUUACAGGAAAGGCAUCUGGGAGGUGAGGAGAUGCUGAAAGAAUGUGGAGAUCUGUCAAGGACUCAGCUUGAAGAGCUAAGGAAAAGACAGAAAAUGGGUGGAUUUCAUUGGAUACAAAGAGAUGUACAGGAUCCAUUCACCUCAAGAGGGCAACGAGGUGUCAAGGGAAUGAGGGGAGGAGGGAGGAGCCAAAGGGGCUUACAUGAUAUCCCAUAUUGUUAAUGCUUUGGUAUUUGAUUCUGGUUUCUUUGAUGAGAAUAUCACUGACCCUGCUUUCCCUGGCAGUCACUUGCCAGGCUGUGUGCUUUAUCCUCAAGCUGAUACUUUGCUUUAGGUGUCACUGUCCUUACCAGCAGCCAUUUGAUCCAACUACAGUGCUCUGUGUUUCAGUAGGGGGUUUUCACCCAUGUUCAUGAAAGAGAUGUUCAUGGUACACUAUAAAAAGAACAAUAAAAAAGCACUUUUC